GCCGAACCUCUCGCCUCUUGCAGCUUAGGCGUCGAGUAGCCUAUCGGCUAUCUGCAUUCCAGGCCCCUCAGCGGUCAGGGCAGCAGAGAAAGCAAAUCAUUCAGGCGCCUCGACAAACCUUCCCCAUUAUGAAGAACAUCUUCAAGAAAAAGGACUCGAAAGCAACUCGACAUGAUUCAAGAUCUCACAAAGAGUUGUUAAACCCCGCCGUCGCCUUCGAACGCAUUCAAGACUACUCGCACAAAUCACCGAGAUUGGUCAGUGACAAGUUUGCGUCCGCGGCAUUGGGUAACAAUAUGCCCGACAUUCCAGUCCCUGAACCACCUGAUCCAAGAUCAAAACCUGCCGCUUAUCUUCGAAGUAUCCACGCCGUUAGACAACGGACUCGCUUGGUUCUCGAUGAAGCUAAAAGCAAUGCACUCUAUCACUUCGAUGUCGACAUGUCCAAGUUCAAAGACACGGCUGACUAUGUAGUGGCCAUCAUCAAAAGAGAUUUCCAUGAAGACUACGCAUCAAUACCGCCUCAUGGUCGCUGGCAGCAUUUUGAAGUUGGAGGCCGGCCAAGAGUGACUCAAUUACUCCAGUCCUGGCCUAACUCGAUCGACAAUCAGGAAAGGACCCGUCGAUUGAUUGAUCUUUUCCUCGUUUCGGUGUUGCUUGAUGCUGGAGCCGGCGACAAAUGGUCCUACAAGUCCAAGGAGUCGGGUAAGGUCUAUGCUCGAAGCGAAGGUCUAGCUGUUGCUAGUCUGGAGAUGUUCAAGGCUGGAGCCUUCAGCAGCGAUCCGACCCAGCCACACCAAGUCGAUGCCGCUGGCCUCAAGAAAGUCACAAUCGAGACAUUGGCAAAGGGUAUGCAGGUCACGGAAGCUAAUCCCAUGUCCGGCCUUGAUGGUAGGACUGGACUGCUCAUUAGACUCAGCAGCGCCCUCCAAGAUACUGAGAUAUUCGGCGCUGAUGGUCGACCUGGUAACAUGAUAGACUAUCUGAUGUCGCAUCCCACCACUCAGGCUGCUUCUGUCCCCAUUAUCUUACUACCAACUCUGUGGAGCGUAUUGAUGGACGGGCUGUCAAGUAUUUGGCCCGCAAGCCGAACCAGUAUUGAAGGUAUCCCUCUGGGCGAUGCUUGGCCGUGUCGCGCUAUGCCCAAGUCACCACCUGCACAGCUGUGGGAAAGCAUUGUACCGUUCCACAAGCUGACCCAGUGGUUAUGUUAUUCUCUAAUGGUGCCAAUGACCAAGCUGCUCAACGUCCAUUUUGCAGGUGAAGAUUUGAUGACUGGUUUACCAGAGUACCGGAACGGGGGUUUAUUGGUCGACACAGGCCUCUUGACUCUGAAGGAAGAAGAUAGGCAGAAGGGUCUCAAGAACUAUCAUCGGAUGGUCGGAGAUGGUAAUGCCGUCGAGGUGGUGCCAACCUUCGAACCUUGCGACGAUGUGAUUGUGGAAUGGCGAGCUGUCACCGUGGGAUUUCUCGAUGAACUGCUCACGGCCGUGAAUGAAGGCCUUGGCCUCGAAGGCUCUGAGCAGCUUACUUUGGCUCAGAUGCUUGAGGCUGGUACUUGGAAGGGGGGACGUGAAAUUGCAAAGGUGUCGCGGCCAAUAACAGGAGGCCCACCCAUCGGUAUCAUCUCUGACGGGACCGUCUUCUAAGUGGUUGCUCGUGUUUACGACAUGCUGAGACUUGGUCACCUGAAAUGAAGGAUCGAGCAUUGCAGACCGGAAGAAAGUGACAGGGUUAUGAAAGUUAUGCAAUGCGUUAUGAUGAUGGCUUGCCAGGAAGUCUUCCUCAAGAAGAAUUUAUUGGGCUUACUAUGAGUGUCCAGGCUCGAACGCAAGAUUCAUCUUGAAAAACUACGAAUCCGUCCCGAUAUUUCCAUUCUUAACUGGUCAUCGUCGCGAUGUCCCGGGACGCCCCGAGGCCCGGUACCCUAACUCGAAAUUCCUCGUCGAUCAGUCUUCUUCAGUCGCUGCUUGGUACUCUUGUCGCAUGUUCUCAUUUUCUUCGUCUGUCUCCCGCAGCAGACGCGUUUCUUCUGCCUGCAGGCGUGGUGUGCUUGGGGGAAUGAUCGUGGGGUGGCUGGACCGGAUUCCACUGCCCGCCAUUUGCUUCCUCAAACGUCAGCCAUGCAUGCCGAAAUUUGGCUUACUCGGGGUCACAACUCACCAGCAGCACCCAGUUCAGAAUACUUGCCAACACUGUUAGCCCGGCAACGGUCGACUCCUGUCUUUGCCAACGGUCUGCACAGCUGUUCGUGUAUCCUUGCGUUCGCUCACAAGCUCUGACAUCCACAUCAUGGGCCGGGAAAGGCCAAGCUCGGUCGUGCAAAGAAUUGAAUCCACAGCAUCGAAGGCCAUUCUGGAUAGCGCGGAUUCCGGCAU